AUGGAUGCUGAUGGUAUCGAGGCGACUGGUAUGGAUGCUGCUGGUAUGGAUGCGAUUGGUAUGGAUAAUGAUGAUAUGGACGUGAUUGGUAUUGAUGCUAAUAGUAAGGAUGCGAUUGGUAUGAAUGCUGAAGGUAUGGAUAUGAUUGGAAUUGAUACUAAUGGCAUGGAUGCGAUUGGUAUGGAUGCUAAUGGUAUGGAUGUGAUUGGUAUGGAUGCUGACGGUAUGGAUGCGAUUAGUAUGGAUGCUGACGGUAUGGACGCGAUUGGUAUGGAUGCUGAUGGUAUGGAUGCGAUUGGUAUUGAUGUUGACGGUAUGGACGCGAUUGGUAUGGAUGCUGAUGAUAUGGAUGCGAUUGGUAUGGACGAUAAUGUUAUGGAUGCGAUUCCUAUGGUUGCUGCUGGUAUGGAUGCGAUUGGUAUGGAUAAUGUUGGUAUGGACGCGAUUGUUAUUGAUGCUAAUAGUAAGGAUGCGAUUGGUAUGAAUGCUGAAGGUAUGGAUAUGAUCGGAAUUGAUACUAAUGGCAUGGAUGCGGUUGGUAUUGAUGUUAAUGCUAUGGAUGCGAUUGGUAUGGAUGCUGAUGGUAUGGAUGCGAUCGGUAUUGAUGUUAAUGGUAUGGAUGCAAUUGGUAUUGAUGUUAAUGAUAUGGAUGCGAUUAGUAUUGAUGUUGAUGGUAUGGAUACGAUUGUACUUACUUUCACAUCUAUCAAAUUUAUUCCUUACUUACACAUUCUUACCAUUCAAUCAUUACUUGCACAUCCUUACCAUGUAAUCCUUACAUUCACAUCCUUACCAUUCAAUCCUUACUUUCGCAUCCUUACUAUUUAUUCUUUACUUUCACAUGCUUACUUGUCAAUUGUCACAUUCACAUCCUUACCAUUCAAUCCUUAUUUUCCCAUCCUUACCAUUCAAUCCUUAUUUUCCCAUCCUUACCAUUCAAUCCUUACUUUCGCAUCCUUACUAUCUAUUCUUUACUUUCACAUGCUUACUUGUCAAUCGUCACAUUCACAUCCUUACCAUUCAAUCCUUAUUUUCCCAUCCUUACCAUUCAAUCCUUAUUUUCCCAUCCUUACCAUUCAAUCCUUACUUUCGCAUCCUUACUAUCUAUUCUUUACUUUCACAUGCUUACUUGUCCAUCGUCACAUUCACAUCCUUACCAUUCAAUCAUUAUUUUCCCAUCCUUACCAUUCAAUCCUUAUUUUCCCAUCCUUACCAUUCAAUCCUUACUUUCGCAUCCUUACUAUCUAUUCUUUUACUUUCACAUGCUUACUUGUCAAUCGUCAUUCACAUCCUUAUCAUUCAAUCCUUAUUUUCCCAUCCUUACCAUUCAAUCCUUACUUUUCGCAUCCUUACUAUCUAUUCUUUACUUUCACAUGCUUACUUGUCCAUCGUCACAUUCACAUCCUUACCAUUCAAUCAUUAUUUUCCCCAUCCUUACCAUUCAAUCCUUAUUUUCCCAUCCUUACCAUUCAAUCCUUACUUUCGCAUCCUUACUAUCUAUUCUUUACUUUCACAUGCUUACUUGUCAAUCGUCACAUUCACAUCCUUACCAUUCAAUCUUUAUUUUCCCAUCCUUACCAUUCAAUCCUUAUUUUCCCAUCCUUACCAUUCAAUCCUUAUUUUCCCAUCCUUACCAUUCAAUCCUUACUUUCACAUGCUUACUUGUCAAUCGUCACAUUCACAUCCUUACCAUUCAAUCCUUAUUUUCCCAUCCUUACAAUUCAAUCCUUAUUUUCCCAUCCUUACCAUUCAAUCCUUACUUUCGCAUCCUUACUAUCUAUUCUUUACUUUCACAUGCUUACUUGUCCAUCGUCACAUUCACAUCCUUACCAUUCAAUCAUUAUUUUCCCAUCCUUACCAUUCAAUCCUUAUUUUCCCAUCCUUACCAUUCAAUCCUUACUUUCGCAUCCUUACUAUCUAUUCUUUACUUUCACAUGCUUACUUGUCAAUCGUCACAUUCACAUCCUUAUCAUUCAAUCCUUAUUUUCCCAUCCUUACCAUUCAAUCCUUAUUUUCCCAUCCUUACCAUUCAAUCCUUACUUUCGCAUCCUUACUAUCUAUUCUUUACUUUCACAUGCUUACGUGUCAAUCGUCACAUUCACAUCCUUACCAUUCAAUCCUUAUUUCCCAUCCAUACCAUUCAAUCCUUAUCUUCCCAUCCUUACCAUUCAAUCCUUACUUUCGCAUCCUUACUAUCUAUUCUUUACUUUCACAUGCUUACUUGUUAAUCGUCACAUUCACAUCCUUACCAUUCAAUCCUUAUUUUCCCAUCCAUACCAUUCAAUCCUUAUUUUCCCAUCCUUACCAUUCAAUCCUUACUUUCGCAUCCUUACUAUCUAUUCUUUACUUUCACAUGCUUACUUGUCAAUCUAUUCUUUACUUUCACAUGCUUACUUGUCAAUCGUCACAUUCACAUCCUUAUCAUUCAAUCCUUAUUUUCCCAUCCUUACCAUUCAAUCCUUAUUUUCCCAUCCUUACCAUUCAAUCCUUACUUUCGCAUCCUUACUAUCUAUUCUUUACUUUCACAUGCUUACGUGUCAAUCGUCACAUUCACAUCCUUACCAUUCAAUCCUUAUUUCCCAUCCAUACCAUUCAAUCCUUAUCUUCCCAUCCUUACCAUUCAAUCCUUACUUUCGCAUCCUUACUAUCUAUUCUUUACUUUCACAUGCUUACUUGUCAAUCGUCACAUUCAACAUCCUUACCAUUCAAUCAUUAUUUUUCCAUCCACGUACCAUUCAAUCCUUAUUUUCCAUCCUUACCAUUCAAUCCUUACUUUCGCAUCCUUACUAUCUAUUCUUUACUUUCACAUGCUUACUUGUCAAUCGUCACAUUCACAUCCUUAUCAUUCAAUCCUUAUUUUCCCAUCCUUACCAUUCAAUCCUUAUCUUCCCAUCCUUACCAUUCAAUCCUUUACUUUCGCAUCCUUACUAUCUAUUCUUUGCUUUCACAUGCUUACUUGUCAAUCGUCACAUUCACAUCCUUACCAUUCAAUCCUUAUUUUCCCAUCCAUACCAUUCAUUCUUAUUUUCCCAUCCUUGCCAUUCAAUCCUUUUUCGCAUCCUUACUAUCUAUUCUUUUACUUUCACAUGCUUACUUGUCAAUCGUCACAUUCACAUCCUUACAAUUCAAUCCUUAUUUUCCCAUCCAUACCAUUCAAUCCUUUAUUUUCCCAUCCUUACAUUCAAUCCUUACUUUCGCAUCCUUACUAUCUAUUCUUUACUUUCACAUCCUUACUUGUCAAUCGUCACAUUCACAUCCUUAUCAUUCAAUCCUUAUUUUCCCAUCCUUACCAUUCAAUCAUUAUUUUCCCAUCCUUACCAUUCAAUCCUUACUUUCGCAUCCUUACUAUCUAUUCUUUACUUUCACAUGCUUACGUGUCAAUCGUCACAUUCACAUCCUUACCAUUCAAUCCUUAUUUCCCAUCCAUACCAUUCAAUCCUUAUCUUCCCAUCCUUACCAUUCAAUCCUUACUUCGCAUCCUUACUAUCUAUUCUUUACUUUCACAUGCUUACAUUUGUUAAUCGUCACAUUCACAUCCUUACCAUUCAAUCCUUAUUUUCCCAUCCAUACCAUUCAAUCCUUAUUUUCCCAUCCUUACCAUUCAAUCCUUACUUUCGCAUCCUUACUAUCUAUUCUUUACUUUCACAUGCUUACUUGUCAAUCGUCACAUUCACAUCCUUACAAUUCAAUCCUUAUUUUCCCAUCCAUACCAUUCAAUCCUUAUUUUCUCAUCCUUACCAUUCAAUCCUUACUUUCGCAUCCUUACUAUCUAUUCUUUACUUUCACAUGCUUACUUGUCAAUCGUCACAUUCACAUCCUUACCAUUCAAUCCUUAUUUUCCCAUCCAUACCAUUCAAUCCUUAUUUUUCCCAUCCUUACCAUUCAAUCCUUUACUUUCGCAUCCUUACUAUCUAUUCUUUACUUUUUUACAUGCUUACUUGUCCAUCGUCACAUUCACAUCCUUACCAUUCAAUCCUUAUUUUCCCAUCCUUACCAUUCAAUCCUUACUUUCGCAUCCUUACUAUCUAUUCUUUACUUUCACAUGCUUACUUGUCAAUCGUCACAUUCACAUCCUUAUCAUUUCAAUCCUUAUUUUCCCAUCCUUACCAUUCAAUCCUUAUUUUUUCCAUCCCACCAUUCAAUCCUUACUUUCGCAUCCUUACUAUCUAUUCUUUACUUUCACAUGCUUACGUGUCAAUCGUCACAUUCACAUCCUUACCAUUCAAUCCUUAUUUCCCCAUCCAUACCAUUCAAUCCUUAUCUUCCAUCCUUACCAUUCAAUCCUUACUUUCGCAUCCUUACUAUCUAUUCUUUACUUUCACAUGCUUACUUGUUAAUCGUCACAUUCACAUCCUUACCAUUCAAUCCUUAUUUUCCCAUCCAUACCAUUCAAUCCUUAUUUUCCCAUCCUUACCAUUCAAUCCUUACUUUCGCAUCCUUACUAUCUAUUCUUUUUACUUUCACAUGCUUACUUGUCAAUCGUCACAUUCACAUCCUUACCAUUCAAUCCUUAUUUUCCCAUCCAUACCAUUCAAUCCUUAUUUUCCCAUCCUUACCAUUCAAUCCUUACUUUCGCAUCCUUACUAUCUAUUCUUUACUUUCACAUGCUUACUUGUCAAUCGUCACAUUCACAUCCUUACCAUUCGAUCCUUAUUUUCCCAUCCUUACCAUUCAAUCCUUACUUUCGCAUCCUUACUAUCUAUUCUUUACUUUCACAUGCUUACUUGUCAAUCGUCACAUUCACAUCCUUACCAUUCAAUCCUUAUUUUCCCAUCCAUACCAUUCAAUCCUUAUUUUCCCAUCCUUACCAUUCAAUCCUUACUUUCGCAUCCUUACUAUCUAUUCUUUACUUUCACAUGCUUACUUGUCAAUCGUCACAUUCACAUCCUUACCAUUCAAUCCUUAUUUUUCCCAUCCAUACCAUUCAAUCAUUAUUUUCCCAUCCUUACCAUUCAAUCCUUACUUUUCGCAUCCUUACUAUCUAUUCUUUACUUUCACAUGCUUACUUGUCAAUCGUCACAUUCACAUCCUACCAUUCAAUCCUUAUUUUCCCAUCCAUACCAUUCAAUCCUUAUUUUCCCCAUCCUUACCAUUCAAUCCUUACUUUCGCAUCCUUACUAUCUAUUCUUUACUUUCACAUGCUUACUUGUCAAUCGUCACAUUCAUCCUUACCAUUCAAUCCUUAUUUUCCCCAUCCAUACCAUUCAAUCCUUAUUUUCCCAUCCUUACCAUUCAAUCCUUACUUUCGCAUCCUUACUAUCUAUUCUUUACUUUCACAUGCUUACUUGUCAAUCGUCACAUUCAUCCUUACCAUUCGAUCCUUAUUUUCCCAUCCUUACCAUUCAAUCCUUACUUUCGCAUCCUUACUAUCUAUUCUUUGCUUUCACAUGCUUACUUGUCAAUCGUCACAUUCAUCCUUACCAUUCAAUCCUUAUUUUCCCAUCCAUACCAUUCAAUCCUUAUUUUCCCAUCCUUACCAUUCAAUCCUUACUUUCGCAUCCUUACUAUAUAUUCUUUACUUUCACAUGCUUACUUGUCAAUCGUCACAUUCACAUUCUUACCAUUCAAUCCUUCUUUUCACAUCCAUACCAUUCAAUCCUUAUUUUCCCAUCCUUACCAUUCAAUCCUUACUUUCGCAUCCUUACUAUCUAUUCUUUACUUUCACAUGCUUACUUGUCAAUCGUCACAUUCACAUCCUUAACAUUCAAUCCUUAUUUUCCCAUCCUUACCAUUCAAUCCUUAUUUUCCCAUCCUUACCAUUCAAUCCUUACUUUCGCAUCCUUACUAUCUAUUCUUUACUUUCACAUGCUUACUUGUCGAUCGUCUCAUUCACAUCCUUACCAUUCAAUCCUUAUUUUCUCAUCCAUACCAUUCAAUCCUUAUUUUCCCAUCCUUACCAUUCAAUCCUUACUUUCGCAUCCUUACUAUCUAUUCUUUACUUUCACAUGCUUACUUUUCAAUCGUCACAUUCACAUCCUUACCAUUCAAUCAUUAUUUUCCCAUCCUUACCAUUCAAUCCUUAUUUUCCCAUCCUUACCAUUCAAUCCUUACUUUCGCAUCCUUACUAUUUAUUCUUUACUUUCACAUGCUUACUUGUCAAUCGUCACAUUCACAUCCUUACCAUUCAAUCCUUACGAGCCAAUCCUUACUUUCAAAUCCUUAUCAUUUAUUCCUUACUUUCACAUCCUUACUAGUCAAUCCUUACUUUCGCAUACCAUUCAAUCCUUAUUUUCACAUCCUUACCAUUUAAUCCUUACUUUUGCAUCCUUAUCAUUCAAUCGUUACUUUUACAGCCUUACCCACAACAACUACUAUUACUGCUACUACUACUUAUUUUUUUCUUCUUCUUCAAUAUAUAUAUAUUCUUCUUCCUACUUCUUUUUCUUGUUCUCCCUCUUCCUCCUGAUUCUUCUUCUUCUUCUUCUUCUUCUUCUCCCACUCAUCCUCCUGAUUCUUCUUCUUCUACUUCUUCUACUUGUUGUUGUUGUUGUUCUUCUUCUUCUUCUUCUUCUUCUUCUUCUUCAUCCACUCUUCCUCCUGAUUCUUCUUCUUCUUCUUCUUCUUCUUCUUCUUCUUCUUCUUCAUCCACUCUUCCUCCUGAUUCUUCUUCUUCUUCUUCUUCUUCUUCUUCUUCUUCUUCCUGAUUCUUCUUCUCUUCCUCCUGAUUCUUCUUCUUCUUCUUCUUCCACUCUUCACCCUGAUUCUUCUUCUUCCUCUUCUUCUUCUUCUUCUUCUUCUUCUUCUUCUUCUUCUUCUUCUUCUUCUUCUCUUCCUCUUUCUACUUCUCUUCCUUCUUCUUCUUCUUCUUCUUCUUCUUCUGUCAUAUAUAUAUAUAAUACUCUCUUUAUCUCUCUCUUCCUUUCUUUUGUUUCUUUCUUUCUUUCUUUCUUUCUUCGCUCCCUAAUUUUAUUUCUUUCUAAAUAUGAUCCAACGCUUUCUUUUUCUUUCUUUCUUUCUUUCUUUCUUUCUUUCUUUCUUCGCUCCCAAAUUUUAUUUCUUUCUAAAUAUGAUCCAACGCUUUCUUUUUCUUCUUUCUUUCUUUCUUUCUUUCUUUCUUUCUUUCUUUCUUUCUUUCUUCGCUCCCAAAUUUUAUUUCUUUCUAAAUAUUCCAACUUUCUUUUUUCUUUUUUCUUUCUUUCUUUCUUUCUUUCUUUCUUUUCUUUCUUUCUUCGCUCCCAUUUUUUCUUUCUUUCUAAAUAUGAUCCAGCUUUUUCUUUUUCUUUCUUUCUUUCUUUCUUUCUUUCUUUCUUUCUUUCUUCGCUCCCAAAUUUUAUUUCUUUCUAA